AUGUUCCCAUUUAUAAAAAGGAUGUGCGUCGAAACUUUAUAGGAAUGUUUAAUGAUGAAAAAAUCCCAUAAUAAUGUAGCAACGCCUCAUGCAAAAUAGAGUAUUUAGAUUUAAGAUGAUGAAAAAAGAAAAAUGGCAAGUAAAGAUAAUAAUGUAGACUAAGACGAUAAUUUAGAAAACGACUAAGAUGAUGAUUAAUUCUCGACUGAUUGGACUACAGCUCCCUCUACAAAUAAUAUGGUUAUAGCAUAUGAAUCGUUAAAUAUAUAGGAAGUAACUCCAUAAAAUAAAGAAUAGACAAAAUAAUCUAGCCAAAAAGUAGAAAAUAUGGAAAAGCAAGAUAACUAAAACAAAAAAAAGGUGACUAAGAUGAUAGGAAAAUUAGAUGAAGAAUAGAUAAAGACAAAGCAAUAAGAUCUAUUAGAAUAAGAGCCUGAUUAUUUUGAAGAACUGAAUAAAGAAUAGGAGUUAGUAUUUUAAGAGCCAGUCGUUAACAAGUAAAAGUAGUUGGAAACUUCAUCUAAUCAAAAGUCAAGAUUUUAGGAUGACGGAGCCUUAGAUGAUUUUAAUGCAAAUGGAUGGGUUGAUGAUAUUGAAAUAGAAUUAUGA